UAACCUAACAAUUCAAUUUUUCCCGCUAUAGAGAAUUGUAAAGAUUGCUAGAAAUCAAUGAAUGAAACAAACAUGAUAUUAUUUAUUUAUACUUGAAGCAGAGCCUACCUAAUCCAUUGUGAAUGUUCUUUAUUGUGAAAUUUAAAAAAUACCGAAAUAAUGGGUAUUACAGGACUCCUUCCUUUUUUAGAAAAAGCCACAAGAAAUUGUAAUGUUUCAGAAUUCAGAGGGGCUACAGUAGCAAUCGAUAGCUACUGUUGGCUCCAUAAAGGAGCAACAGCUUGCGCAGAUAUAUUAGCUAGAGGAGAAGAAACUGAUAUUUAUGUUAAUUAUUGUAUGAAAUAUUUGAAUAUGCUGAAGAAAUAUGACAUCAAACCUAUUAUGGUUUUUGAUGGCAAUCACCUACCAGCGAAAGCAUUAACAGAAAAAAGAAGACGAGAAACUAGAAAAAAUGCUAAAGUUAGGGCUGCUGAACUCUUACGCUUGGGCAAAAAGGAUGAAGCAUGGAAUUAUUUUCGACAAAGUAUCGAUAUUACAGCUGCCAUGGCAUUGAAUCUGAUAAAGGAAUGUAGAAGGAAUAAUAUAGAUUGUAUAGUAGCACCUUAUGAAUCAGAUUCUCAAUUAGCUUUUCUGAAUAUUAAAAGAAUAGCUGAUAUUGUGAUAACAGAAGAUUCUGAUUUAGUACUUUUUGGAUGCGAUAAAAUUCUUUAUAAAAUGGAUAUCAAUGGAAAUGGACGCCUAGUUGAUAAGCAGAAACUACCUCUUUGUAUGGAUAUGAAACCUGACAAAUAUACCUUUGAUAAAUUCAGGUAUAUGUGUAUUUUAUCAGGCUGUGAUUAUUUAGAUUCCUUACCAGGUAUCGGACUUAAAAAGGCUUUAAAAUUCAUUUCGCUAACAGCGGAAACAAAUCCUGUGAAGUUCCUAGAUAAACUUCCCAGAUAUCUGAACAUGAAGAAUUUAGUAGUAACUGAGGAUUAUAAAACCAAUUUCUUGAUAGCUGAAGCAACUUUCAAACAUCAGGUGGUUUUUGAUCCCCUUCAAAGGAAACUGACGUACCUAACAGAUCCUGCGCUGUGCGGAACAAGACCAGAACAUUGCAAAAAUGCUGGAGAAUUUUUCGAUGAAAAAACUGCGUACCAGGUUGCUAUCGGUAACUUGAAUCCAUUUUCUCAUGAGAAGUAUGACGAUUGGUCACCAACCAAAAACUGGAAUAACAGUUUCCACAGUAUUUGGUCUAAUACAUAUAUUAAAAAAAAAUCUAGAGUAGAACAAAAACAAUUGGAAAGAUCUGAAAAUAUUGAGGUGAAGGAGAAACAGAUGAAAGAAAUUGUCAGAAAAAAUGAAGAAAUAGACCAAGAAGAAAAAGUACACACCGAAAAAUUUGAGUCUGAACUGAACAUUUACUAUCAAAAGGAAACCAAAAAACUUUCACAUUGUAAGAAUGAAGAUAAAAUAAACGAAAGUUUAGGAAAAGAGGACAGUGAAGAUGAAGAAAAGUUAUCUGAUAAACCAAAGGAUUCUACCUCAUGUCAUGAACAAUCUGUAAAAAAAGAAGAAUCUCCUACUCUACCUAGAAAAUCUGUGAACCCCUUCCUUAAGAAAAGACUGAGCAAGUUUGGUUCAACGGAAGUCAAGACAGAUGUAGUAGUUAAAAGUAAAUAUUUUCAUUCCAAAUCUGUCGAUUUAGGAAUAGUAAAAAAAGAAGAACAGAAAACCGAUGAUGAUAUUUGUUCUUUGGAAACAAUAGAAGUUGAAGAGGACCGUGAGCAUAGCAAAAAAAGAAAAACGGAACCUGAGGAAGAAACCUGCAUAAUUGAUGAAUCUCCAGUGAAAGACGAAGAAAAAACUAAAAUAUCUUGUAGUCAGCCAACCUCGAGUACUGCCAAAAAACCAAAAUUAUCGAGAUGCCGUUCCGUUGGCUUGCCAGUGAAAUCGAAAAAGUUUCAGCCCACUCUGCAGGCAUUUUUUGGGAAUCUGAAGAAGAGUUAGUUUUUGUUUUUAUUGAAACUUGUUAUUUUUUACAAUGAACAGUAUAUUUUUGAUAAAAUGUUAUUGGACUAUCAAUUCUGUUGAAAAAUCCUCAAUUUUUUAUAAAAAUACUUGUUAAUAAAACGUGA